UUGAGCCAACACCUAACACAUAUUUCUUUUCUUCCAGAAAGUGUGGAUGCCCAUCAGCGGAGUUUUGACGUAGGAAUCCAUAUUGGCUACCAGCGUCGUAAUAAGGAUGUCUUGGCUUGGGUUAAAAAGCGCAGAAGAACUAUUCGCAGAGAAGACUUAAUCAGCUUCCUGUGUGGAAAAGCUCCUCCUCCACGAAACUCUAGAGCUCCCCCAAGACUGACUGUAGUAUCCCCUAACCGAGCGACAUCCACGGAAACUAGUUCUUCGGUCGAGACGGACUUGCAGCCCUUCCGGGAAGCCAUAGCUCUUCAUGGUCUCAGUGGCGCAAUGGCCAGCAUCAGCGUCCGCUCGAGCACCCCGGGCUCCCCCACUCACGUGAGCAGUGGCUCCAACGGGAGUCGAAGGAGAAACGGACUCCAUGAUGUUGACUUGAACACUUUCAUAUCUGAAGAAAUGGCACUCCACUUGGACAAUGGUGGAACUAGAAAGCGUACCUCAGCCCAGUGCGGUGAUGGCAUUACGGACUCCCCGACCCAUAAACGCAACCGUAUGAUCUAAAUGGCAACAAUUGUUUUCACCCUCCCCCCCCCCCUGGCCCCUUUGCUAAAAACAAAAAACAAAAAAACCCCGCCCACUGGUGCUCAUCCGCCCACUGGGAAAACAAACUUGAGGUUCUCCCUUCGCGAGUCACACAAAACAUGGCCAUAAAAGAAAGAAUUACACCCGGAGGGCAGACUCCUCUCGAACCUCUAUGCCUUUCCUCAGAGUAGAUUCUUUAGCAAGAGGAUUUCCAACGUUGUGUAGUAGCUAGCAAGCUCAUCGCAGGUUAGAUCACACAUCCAUUCCAAGGCUAAAAGUGACCUUACAUGUACUCUUAAAGGGAAGAAAGGAAAUAUCAGACAUUUUAUUUGGUUAUAGAAUGCUUUUUGUCCUUUAUUUCUUGCUGUGUUUCAAUCUUUGCUUCAACAGUAUUGCCACUUUAGACAACAGCGUCAACAGCGUGACUUGGCAAGCAAGACUCACAUGCUUCCUUUAG